AUGAACGACAACUUAAAAGAAAAAACCGAAUUGGAGCAGGAUAAAAAAUAUAUUGUUGAUGAUAACCCAACCCGACGCCGAUUAAAUCAGGCAUUAGACGAAGGGGCAAAAAUCCAAAGUAUUAAACGAGCCUUUGCGGAGGAGGAAGCCGAUAAAAAACAAGUCGAAAAAGAGAGGGAUGAUAAUUUAAUGGCUUAUUUAGAGGAAAGGGAAAAGCGAUUGCGAGCCGAAAGUGAAAAUAGAAUAUUGAGGCAACAGGUUAAGGAAGCCGACAUUGAUAAAGUAAGGGCAAUUGAGUAUAACCGCCAACAACGAGACGCCGAAUUUACCCAAUCCCAAGAGGACGAGCAACUGGAAAAACUUUUUAGAAAUAUGGUAAAUUUAAACGCAAAACCUUUUGGACUAAAUGCCAAACAAAAAUACAUCGAGCAUCUACAAAACAUUAUCCACAUUCACGAUAUUUAUAAAUUGGUGGGUGCUGAUAAUGAAUAUAUUGACUUAUUCACUAAUCACAAAAUCGAGGAAGGCACGGACGACAGCGACACCUUUAAAAGGACGCUUGAUAUUGCUUAUGUGGAUAUCCCUUGUCGCAUUGACAAAGUUUAUUAUGAUAUGGUUCAAGAAAGCCGAUUUAUUGAUGCCAUUGGUAAUCCUGCCAAGGUGUCCGAGAUUGGAACGCAAUUAAAAGAAAAUAUUGCGACUGAAAUGACCGAGGAUAUUAAUAUUGAAGUCGAGCAUUCGUUUACGCUGUUAAAAAAUUACAGAAAAGGAACUAAUAGCGAGAAAGUUAAAGAAAUAGUAUUAGGACAGGAGGAACCAACGGGCAAUAUGUUUGUCUUGACAAAAACCGCCGCCGAGGAUAUGGGAACUGUUCUCGACUUUGUCUUUAAUAUUUCCUCACGAAUGAGAAGCCGAAACGCAGUAUUUCAAAAGGGUUAUUUUUGGGACUAUGAAAAAGAUAAAAAUGAUGAUGCCAACUGGGAACAAAUUGAAACUAACACUCCAUCUUUAAAAAGAAUUGGUAUUGUUCUUGAUAGUCGAAUUGUUAAUAAAUUGUCAACUGAAAAAUAUGCUACUGCUUACAAUCUGAAAUAUGUUGACCUAAAAGAGCGAUUUGCCUGA